UUGCUAUGGGGAGAUGGCGAGGAGGGGAGAGGAGGCGGCAGCAGCCAGCCAGCCAAGCCAGAGGAGCAGCUGCUGCUGGUCGGUGACACAUUUCCCCUUCUCUGCUGCCUCUGCUGCUGCUGCUGCCAUAUUGAGAGAGAGAGACCCUUCCUCAAAUCUCCCCCCUUCAUGAGGACAACCAACAAGAUUAAAUGGGUCCAGUAACUGGAAUGACUCCAGAUAGGAAAGCUGAAACGCCGGGGGCAGAGAAAGCCGCGGGGCUACGGCACAUCCAAAGAAUGGGGAGUUUGCCGGAGGAGGCCGUCGAUGCCGCUCGACCGAAGGCCUCGGCCGUGGACAGCGAAGUCGCUGAUGACGAACUCACAAACUUGAACUGGCUGCACGAAAGUACGAACCUCUUAACAAACUUCAGCCUCGGAAACGAGGGUCUUCCGGGAGUUAGUCCUCUGUACGACAUCGAGGGCGAUAACGCGCCCUCUUACCCUGCUUCCUGCUACUCCAACCCCGAGAAGAAAUCUGCCACUUCUAAGCCCCCCUAUUCCUUUAGCCUCCUGAUAUACAUGGCAAUUGAGCAUUCGCCAAAUAAAAGCUUGCCGGUGAAGGAGAUUUACAGUUGGAUCCUGGAACGCUUCCCCUACUUUGCUACGGCGCCCACUGGCUGGAAGAACUCCGUUCGGCAUAACCUUUCCCUGAACAAGUGUUUCCGGAAGGUGGAGAGGAGUCACGGAAAGGUGAAUGGCAAAGGUUCUCUAUGGUGUGUGGACCCAGAAUAUAAACCAAACCUUAUACAAGCUCUGAAGAAGCAACCGUUUCCUUCCGCAUUUGCGUUUUAUACCCCACCGGCAUCACCACUGAGUGGUUCUUCGUCUCCUUGCUACUUAACCUCAGUUCUGAAACAGAGUCAGAGCCGACCUGUAAAAGACUCCGAUAUUGAUGCUGCUACUGCCAUGAUGCUCUUGAAUACUUCAAUUGAAGAAGGCAUUUUAGACUGUGAGAAGCCGCAACCUCUCAAGCUCUCAAAAAAGAGGAAUUACGGCAGCACGUUCCACAACCAUGGGGUGACAAGCCAGAAUAACAGCGAUUUGGCAGUCGCCAGCGUCGACCCCAAGGCGGAUCACAACUAUAGCGCUAGCAGCGUGGCAUCACAACGCUGCGCAUCGCUCUCCAGCGUGUCUUCUUUGUCCUCCAUUGAUGAAGUCUAUGAUUUUGUCUCAGAAGGCAGCCGGACGGGCAGCGACGGCAGCGAAGGGUUCCAUAGCGAGGUGGACUCGGAAGAUGACGACGACGAAGAUGAGGAUGACAAUGAUGACGAAGAGGACGACGACCCCCUGGCGGAUAGCGGUUACACCUCGCAGCCGUGCGGAGGGGUUUCGGAGAAGGCCCCUCCUCGCCAGAAAGUCCUGGAGGAGCUGUGCCAAGAGAUUGACGAGGAACUGAAAGAAGCCGCGGGGUCUCUACUCCACCUCGCUGGCAUUAGCACGUGUCUGGGGUCCCUAAUAAGUACUGCAAAGACCCACAGCCACAAACGAAGGAGAACAAAUAGUGACACGGCGUGAAAAGCCGCGCCUGCCAAUAGAUAGGAACGCA